GUUGCCCUCAUGUUUGGCUUGUCGGUGCCGACCACGUACCAGAUCUUGUGGUCGGUGAUCGACGCCAUCAACAAGUCGCCUGCGGUUGGGGCAUUCGACUUCCCCUUGACCGAGGAAGGCUGCAUGCGAAAUGCCAACAGAUUCAAGGAGAAGAGCACCGAUGGCAUUUUCUCCUGGGUCGUCGCCGCCGUGGAUGGUCUGUUCAUCAAGGCCAAGGCUCCGUGUGCGAAGGACACCGCCAACGUCAUCGCGUACUACUCCGGCAGCAAGUCCGCGUUCGGCAUCAACGUACAAGCGAUGUGCAUCGCCGACUACCGGUUCUGCGCAAUGUCGGCGAUCUCUCCAGGCUCCACGAACGACUGGGUGGCAUGGAAUCGAUCUUCCCUCGCCAAGGCCGUCGCCCGCUUGCCCGCCGGAUUUCACAUCAUUUGUGACGCCGCCUACCCCAUCGGAGAAUAG